AUGAGAAAAGAAUGUUCUUGCCGUAGGCGUAUGAACGCUUGGUAUGUUCUUCCUUUAACGUCAUCAGUUAGAUAUUUCUUCCUUUAAAAUGUAUUAUAUAUAUAACCGUGUAUGUAGAUUGUAGGUAGUUGUUAUAGUCAUUGUCGUAGUACGUAUCUGAAAUAAAGUUGUGUGAAAUUUACUGGUUGUCACGAUUGAAUGAAGAAUAGAAUACAGUCCCAAGUUAAGCGAGCGUGGAAGACCUAUAUACUAGCGGGGUUUCCAUAACAUAGUGGUCCUUCGAGCCGGAUCGUGAACUAGAAGAGUACAACCAGGUAAAUAUGACGGAUUUAGCGAAGCAGAAAAAGAUACGUGGAGGACAUCGAGGACACGCAAAAAAGCUGAUUGGAGAGAUCCAAGGAUAUUGGAGAAUGAUGCGAACGAGAAUCGUUACGAGUUAGAGCAGUUGAAGGACGCCUUAAUCGCGAAAGUGGACGUUCUCAAGGCUCUCGAUGAUUCUGUGUUAAAAUUAAUGGAGGAUUCGAAGGAAAUUGACGAAGGGGAGUUCGGGCAGGAACUGUCUGACGCGAGCGACUGCCAGUUAAAGUAUCGAAAGGUAGUUCAUCUUGCAGAAAUGAAGCUAAAUGAAGUGUCAUCGGGUAGCGUUACUAGCGUAGUUAAUAUAGCAGGAACGGUCAGUGACGUGGCCAGUACAAACGUUGCCAACGGUGGAAAUAUUGCGACGGAAUCCUCGUCAGUUGAGAACUUCGAAGAGACGACGAUAUCGACAUCACCAACGCAGCCUGUACAACAAACGAGUGGGAGUGUACGUGUGAAACUGCCUAAACUCGAGGUAAAAAAGUUUAAGGGAAGCGUUUUCGAGUGGCAAGAGUUCUGGGAUGCAUUUGAGAGUUCAAUUCACACGAAUGUCGGGUUGUCAGACGUCGAUAAAUUCUCUUAUUUGAAAGGACUUGUUGAAGAGCCAGCGAAGUCAGCAAUCAGUGGAUUUUCUUUGACUGCCGCGAAUUAUGGAUCUGCUGUGGAGCUUUUAAAACGGAGAUUUGGGAAACCUGUCACAAUACAAAGAGCUCAUAUUAACGAGCUAUUAAAUCUACAGGGAGUGUACAAGGAGCGAGAGACGGGGAGGUUGAGAGCGUUAUAUGACAAAAUAGAAUGCCAUUAUAGAGGAUUAGUUGCGUUGAAAGUGGGCGAAGCUACGUAUUCGAGUAUUGCUGUGCCUUCUCUUCUCGAAAAGUUGCCAGAAAGCGUACGAUUGACCAUCACCAGGGGUGCGGAUUUUAAAAACUGGACAAUGACAGACUUGUUGGACCAAUUUCGCGUUGAAUUGGAGUUACGAGAAGAAGCUGUAGUCCUUGUCCCUAACGAUGGACGCCAGUCUGGGUAUGGAAAACGAGACAGAAAUGUAUAUACGAACUCUGCUCUGUUUGCUGGCUGUGGAAAGGGAGUUUGUGCAUUUUGUCGAGGAAGUCACAACCAUGAAGCUUGCCAGAAGGUGAAGGACACCAGAGAAC